AUGAGAGACAUUGGGAGGGUUGGAGAGAGUGGUUUGGGAAGUGACAAGUCAGAAGUACCAGAGGAGGAAGAGACCGAGCUUUUUAUGGGAUCUGUCACGGCGGCAUUGCCUAUUACUGAAGAAGGAAUAGUUAUAAUGGCAAAGAAAAUCCAGAGUGAGAUACGAAGGUUCUCGGAGAAAGGAGUGCUUAAUGAAGCUGAGGCUUUGAGUGGUAAGUGGAAAUCCAUGGCGACUAGAGGAACAAGAGGGAUAGGAAUUGGUGGGUUUACUCGUUUUCGGGUUUAUAAGACUGAUUUUGGUUGGGGAAGACCAGUGAAAGUGGAGAUAGCAACAGUGGAUAUGAAUGGAUUGAUCACAAUGGCAGAAGGAAGAGAAGGAAAUGGUGGGGUUGAACUUGGCUUGCUUCCUUAUAAGAACGAGUUGGAUUUAUUUGCUUCUUCAUUUCGUGAUGCCAUACAAGGUCUUCAUUGA